AUGCCUCUGUGUGGGUCGAGCUCGUCGUCGAAGCAUCCUAUCGAGCGCAAGAUCGUCAUCCUCGGAGACGGUGCUUGCGGGAAGACGUCGCUGUUGAACGUGUUCACGCGAGGGUACUUUCCGAAGGUGUACGAGCCCACGGUAUUCGAAAACUACAUCCAUGACAUCUUCGUGGACAACCAGCACAUCACGCUGAGCCUGUGGGACACUGCUGGGCAGGAGGAGUUUGACCGGUUGCGAUCGCUGUCGUACUCGGACACACACACGAUUAUGCUGUGUUUCUCGGUGGACUCGCGGGACUCGCUGGAGAACGUCAAGAACAAGUGGGUGAGCGAAAUUGCGGACCACUGCGAGGGCGUGAAGCUGGUGCUAGUGGCGCUGAAGUGCGACUUGCGCAGCAGCGACGAGUACGGCAACGAGAGCGCCAUCACGCCGGGGUCCAUCCAGAACCAGAAGUACAACGGCGGCGGCGGCAACGGGCUGAUCCCCUACGACGAGGGGCUGGCGAUGGCCAAGCAGAUUGGGGCGCUGCGCUAUCUGGAGUGCAGCGCCAAGAUGAACCGUGGCGUGAACGAGGCGUUCACCGAGGCUGCGCGCUGCGCGCUGACUGCGACACCGAAGGGGGCCCGGGACUCUGCGCCCGAGGCCGAAAGCAGCAGUUGUACUAUCAUGUGA